AUUCCGACGGAGAGCGUGUACGCAGCUGGAUGCUCAAUAUGAUGAAGCUCGUGAAUUCACAACCAUUUUAUGUAGGCUAGAAACGACGCAGAAUCCUCUCGCACGUCAUAUCCAGCUCCACGUUCAAUGCACAAAACCGGGUACACAUUAUAUCGCCAACGACCUGAAAGAAAGGAAGACCUUCACGUCCAACACUCUACGCCUAACUACCCUUUUCAUGCAAUUAACCAUGUUCCUCAACCCCUCCGCCGCCUCCUACACCUACACCGGCUCACCUCCCUCCCCUCACGUCCUCCCCUUCCACCGUCUCCUCCCAGACUAUGCCGCCACGCCCCUGCACCCCCUCUCAUCCCUCGCCCAAUCUCUCGGCCUCGCCUACAUUUUCGUCAAAGACGAAAGCAACCGCUUCGGUCUCCCCGCCUUCAAGAUCCUUGGCGCCUCAUGGGCGACCUUCAAAGCCGUAGCCGCAGCGUGCGACGUCCGUCUGGAAGAAGGCGUGGGCGUGGAAGAGGUCGGAGCUGCGGCGAGGAAAUCAGGAGUGAGGAUAGUAACGUGCACGGCGGGGAACUGGGGGAGGGCCGUGGCAAGGAUGGGAAAGCUUAUGCGUAUUGAUGUGACGGUGUUUGUGCCGGGCACUAUGGAUGAAAGUACGCAGGAGAAGAUUAGGAGUGAAGGCACGACGGUAGAUGUUGUGGACGGGGACUAUGAUGAGGCUGUUCGCACGGCGAGAAGGGAGGCUGAGGGGAAAGGAAGUGUUCUCAUGAUGGAUACGGGGUGGGAGGGGUAUGAGGAGAUUCCGCAGUGGGUUGUAGAAGGGUACUCUACCAUGCUCACCGAGACGGAUCAGCAGCUGCGGCAACAUGGUGUUGGGCCAGUCACGCACGCCAUAGCGUCCGUGGGCGUCGGGUCUUGGGCGCAGGCGGUAGCAAUGCAUUACAAGUCAACCACUCCAUCCGCAGUUGUAGUAGCAGUCGAGCCAGACACAGCUGCUUGUCUAAGAACCAGCCUCGAGGCAGGAAAGAUCACACCAAUCACAACAGGGAACAGUAUCAUGAACGGCAUGAAUUGCGGUACGGUGUCGUACACCGCGUGGGAGGUGCUACGCCACGGCGUGGAUGCGUGCGUAGAUGUGACGGAUACAGAAGCGCAUCUCGAUUUGCAGUAUCUGCACACUCAGGGUGUGAAGAACGGGCCCUGUGGGGCAGCGCCCGUGAGUGCGCUUCGGAAGUUGGUGAGUGAGAAGAAGUUGGGGUUAGGGAAGGACUCAGUUGUUGUACUUUUUAGCACGGAGGGAGCGCGCGACUACCCUGUCCCUGCAUGAUGGUAGAAUAUUAGCGAUAACAGCGAGGCUUGAUCGAACUAGGAUUGAGCAUAUCGAUA